UUGGUCGUCUUGAUCAUAGUUCUAAACUGGCCGACUUUUUCCAAAAUUGCAAGAAAAAUUCUACUUACAAUAGUACAACAUCGAUAACUGAAUUUCUUGAAUCUACCAAUGGAAUUUUAGAAAAGAACAUUCUUAAUAAAAUACGACAGUCAAGAUACUGUGAUCAAAUGACUGGAGCACCAUGUGAAACUUAUGUAAGUUUAUUGCAUUUAAAAAAUAAAGAUGCAGAAUCUAUAUUUAAUUCUAUCGUAAUGGAUUUACAAAAGAAAAGCAUUGAUUUAAGCAAAACUCGCUUCGUCUCAUUUGAUGACGCUGCAGUCUUCAGUGGAAUACAUAAUGGUGUUGCAGCUAGAUUUCGUGCUGCAUUCAAUAUAGCAAUAUUAUUUAUUUAUUGUCGAGCUCAUUCGUUACAACUAGCUGUAAUAUCUGCUGCUGAAGAUUCUCCUGAUAUUUCUAGAAGCUUAUCCGCACUUAAAUCAUUAGUUAAUUUUAUCAAUCGAUCAUCGGUAAGAUUAAGUUUAUUUGAAAAUAUUCAAGAUAUUUUUAGAAAUCAACAUAUUAAAUUGAUCCAACCCGGUGAUACACGUUGA